AUGGUUUCAAGCUCCGCGAUGGCCAGGAAUUAUGGAGAAAAGCCGUCGACUUCUUCGAUGGAAGAAGAUUUGGAAAUUGAGCAGUCGAUGAGGAACGCAUCAAUCAUUGACCAUCAGUACGAAGCAGAACAACACAAGGAUCAUCGAGUAUUAAACGCGUUCAAUCCGACGGAUAAGUCAACAUACUCAGAUAUGAUCCAUAUUGAUGUUCCGGAUACGAGACAGCUAGUGGAGCGUUCAGAUGGUGUCACUAAAUAUACAGCCUACAACAUUCAUAUAAAUGGGUGGUAUCAUGGAUCCGUCCGGUUUAGUCAUCUCUAUGAAUUUGCGGAGCUCAUUAAACAAAAAUUCUCACAGAGAUACAAGGGACCAGAGUUUCCAGCCAAGAAAUUAUUUAAGCUUGACCCAAAAGCAAUUGACGAACGGAGGCAAAAGAUUUCGAAGUAUUUCCAAGCUAUGGUGCAAUACCCGGAAAUCGCUAGACACUACCUGAUUGAAAAGAAGUUGCUGGGAUUUCAAAUUGACUCGUUCCGAGCUACAAGCCAGUAUGUGUCAUUAGAUGUCUACCUAGGAAAUGGUGAGAAAACCACAAUAAAAUGUUUAGUGUCGGAUAGCACUCUGGAAAUCAUGAGGAUACUUGCUGAAAAACUUGGUUUUAAUAACAAAGACGAGUUCAUCUAUCACUUUGGAUUAUUCAUGGCUAAAGGACGUGACCCAUCUGCUGCGUGCUAUUCAGUCACACCAGAUAACUUUAACCCACUACUAACCCGAUUCCUCCGCAACUUCGAAGCGCCAUUCGUUUCAUUGAGUACUGCUAAUCAAAAAUACAACGAAAACGGGCAUUACAAUUUUCUAUGCAUAAGAAAGUUGAUUUGGGAUACCCGGAUUGAAGAAUCGAUUUUGGAUGACGGAGUAUUCGUUGAUAUGAUCUAUCGACAAGCUAUCCAAGAUUUUAAAAACGGACAUAUGGAUCCUAUCAAGGAAGAUUUGGAGUAUAAAAUGAAGUCUUGUAUGCAGAGAAAAGACAAAAUAAUGUUUUUACGAACAUGUCACUUAUUGCCAACAUACUCCUAUGAGCAUCUGUCAGCUUGCACUUGUGAUUAUCCAACACCUGGAACACCUUGUGAAAUCAAAUUUGGACGACGUCAAAUAGUUCUGACAACUAAUGAUGGAACGGGUGCCCCUAAAGCAAGUUUGUUCCGAGCAACCAGAAUUCGAGUGUGGAGGAUAACCCAGAUUAUGGACAAGAUCUCCUUCCAAUUUGAGUAUCUCAUGGCAAAAGACACAUUCGAGUGGAUUACUCUUGACACUAAUCAGAGUAUUCUGAUGUCACUUCUUCUACAAUCAAUUGGAUCAGAGAUUUUAUAUGAACAUAACAAUAUGUCGAUCGAACAACAGGUUAUGAAAGAGAAACAAUCUAAAGGGAACUACGUGGAGAAAAGUGAUAAGUUACCGAGGGACCCUAAAAAACCAAUCAUCGUUUUGAAAAACGCCGUCGAAGAAGCGGAUCCCUUGGGAGUGAUGGAACACUACCAUAACUACAACCGGAUGUUAACUACCAUUUCGGAUGGCAUUCCACAGAGGAACCAGGCGUUCACCGAUAUAACGAAUGAUGACUUGUGA